UGACUUGACAGACAUUUGGCUCAUGAAUUUUCAGUGCUCAGAUUUUUGUCAGUGUCACUUAAGGCUCGCAAUUUCUUCUAAAGAUUUGGCGAGGUAGCCUUGAAAAAAUCAGUUUUAUGUGUUUGAAUAUUCUAAUGCCCCGGUGGAGGAACAUUAUUGAUUCGAGAUAGUUUAUUUUGAUCUUGAAAUGGUUACAAUAUGUAAAUAUUUCCACUCAUGCAAACCUGACAAGUAUUUUCGUUUUUACGAUUAAAGUAAUGCGAAUUGUCAAAGGAAACUGUGCAUAAUGUAGGUAAACCCUAGAAGUUUUUACUGAAUGGGUGGUUGACUUUUAUUACAUUUGACCAAGGACAUGUACAUAAUAAAUCAUCGUCACUCACGCCAUUCGUCAAUAUCUGCGAGCUCCAGAACAUGCUCUCCCGCUGGCGAUGAACACCUGACCAAACCAUGGACAAUCGUGGUGGAUGGAGUAAUGGCGUAUCAGGUGCUGGUGGAAAUGUUACAGAUGAUUCGCAGGUGGAUCACGAUCGAGUACGGAAGGAGUUUUACGCCACCUACGACGUCAUGACGGGUGUGCGCAUAGCCGCUACACUUGGCGGCUUUUUCGCAUUAAUGGUUUUUUUGAUCGUCUACAAAAGCCGAAGUAAAUCGGUGAAGGCUUUAAAUGAUCCAAAACUGGUCGAGCUUGCUGAAGCCGUUGUAGCCGAAGAACAAGCAGUCGAAGAAGAAAGACAACUUACAGCUGCUCUCGAAGAAGCACUAUCAGAGCGAGCGCGGUCGCGUCCUUCCAUCGGCGAAGAGCCACCUUGGCCACGGACAUCACGUUUUGCAUCGUAUGGCGGUGGCUAUGGUAGUUUAUUGACACCCCCACGACGGCUUUCUACAGCCCGAGGAGAGUCUCUACCUGGAUCCGCGCUACGAUUCGCAGAGCGUCGCGUAUCUGGAGGACCACGCGACCGUCGGCUUAGUUCGGUCACUUGCUCCAGCUCCGGAAGUUCAUAUCUAGAACGACGGGGUUCUUCAGUGGUCUGUGCAUUGCCGGAAAGGCGUUUGUCGCCUUGUCCAAGUGAACGACUAGCCCCGUUGGCGUCAGUUGGUAGCGUAGGAACGUCCUACGCUGUGGAAUGUGAGUUAGUGUCAGUUGGUGCGGACUCUGUAUUCGCUGAGGAUGAUGACUCCACCGAUGAUGAGGUAGAACAAUUUUCGACUGACAGCGGUGGAGGUGAGCACGGCGUUGUCGGCGAGAGCACGGAGCUCUCAUGCCGGCCUGCGCCGCCGCUUCGCAUUGACCGGGUGUCACAGUCGCGGGAAACGUUGUUUUAGUUGCCGUCGAACUCGUUGGCCGUUGAUGUUAUCCUCGCACAUUAAAAUAUCGACUUUUCAAAAAAGGUUUAAUUAUGAAGUGGUUUUUUAACAUAUCACGCUUGAAAAUUUUGACAUAUCAUUUUAAAUUGACCAAAGGAGACAAAUUGUCUCAAUCAAUAUUUUUAUUAGUAUGGGUUUAUACAAAGGGUCUGUCAUGAUUGGAACUAUAAAAUAUUAUUUAUUUAUUUCGUUAGGUUUGUGAAAUUCGCUUAAGAAAUGCACAUGUACAAAAACUCCACUAAGAAAGUGUCGAUAUUUUAAUAUGUAAAAUAGAAUGUAAAUAGUUUGUUUUUGUUAUUAAUUGAUGUUUCAUGUUGAUGUUUCAUGAUACAGUUACGAAUUUUCAUGAAUUACAAGUAGGUGACCAAAUAUAUUUUCGCUCAUGUAUUGUCGCGCUAAUUUAACCAUUAAUCGGUAUCGGUGCCAGCUGCUAGUUGACCUGCCUGCAUAAACAUUAUACGAGUAACGAAGCUGACUUAGUCACCAUUUAGUGUUCUUUGUAAGUGUAUGAUACGUACAUACUGAUUAGGUAAAGAUCUGCCGAAUUAGUCGUUUAUAGGCACUUUUAUGUACUUAUUUACUUCCCAUGACUAGUUGUUAAAUAGUUUUCGAAGAUUUAUCUGAUAUUGGCCAAUCUAUUUACAAUAUUUUCAAUUCUUCGUCGGGCUAUAAUCGCUGCCUGUGAUUCUGAUAUUAUUUAGAACGACUGUUUUAACUUUACUAAUUCUGCAUCGCUACUGAGUGCCAAUAGUGGACGUGUCGUCGUCAAAUGUCACUGCUGCGACCCGUUCGUCUUUGCGGUAGGUCGUUAAAUA